AUGGGUAGUGGGUCGUGGAUUUUCACCCCGCGGGAAGGCAAUAUGGCUGCCCAUAUUAUGGCACAUUCGGCUACGGAUUGGAAUGAUCAGAUUGUUUGGUUAGAUAGUCCUCCAACGUUUCUAGUUGAUCAGCUAGAGCUGGACAAUGUAGCUUCAGUUUCUGCUUAA